AUGCCGUUUGCAUCUAUUAGAUCCCUCAGUGAAUUUGAGGAGGAAGAUGAGAUUCUGUUCUCAGUUAAUUCUGUGUUAUAUAUCAUAGAUAUUAACCAAACAAAUGAGGGCCUCUGGUGCAUAAAACUAUCAUGGACAAAUGAAACUGAUCAGCAGCUUAAUAAUCUUGCUGAAAGACUUCGUGAAGAAAUUCAAGGAUCGACAGCAUGGCACAGAUUGGGUUACUUUGUGAUACAACUGGGCGAAUAUAGCACAGCAGAAGAAAUCUACGCAAUAUUCCUUGAUCACAUAUCUGAUAGUAAUGAAGAAGCGAAGAUUUAUUUCCAACUUGGGCUAAUUAAAGAUAAACUGGGGCAGUAUGUUCAAGCGAUCUCGUUUUACACUAAAUCAGUUGAAAUCUUUCAAGCAAAGAAAACACUACAUCAUAUCGAUUUAGCUGUUGCUCUUAGUAGUAUAGGUACUGUGUACCGGAAGAUUGUUGACUAUUCUAAAGCUCUCUUCUAUUGCGAGAAAGCACUUGAUAUUGCAGAAAACGCUUUACCUACAGAUUCUCCUAGUUUGGCUACGUCAUACAAUAAUAUUGGCAAUAUUUAUAUAGAUUUAGGCGAGUAUUCGAAAGCAUUAUCGUUCUAUGAGAAAGCUCUUAACAUUUUUGAGAUCAGUCUUCCGAAAAAUCAUCCUACCAUGGCUAAAUCAUAUAAUAGUAUUGGUAUGGUGUAUUACAAUCUGAGUGAUUAUCUGAAAUCAAUAUCCUUCUACAAACAAGCGAUUGAUAUUUGUGAAAAAUCUCUUCCUCCGAAUCAUCCAGAUAUGGUUCAGUCUUUUAACAAUCUUGCUCUAGCGAAUAUAAAUAUUGGUAAAUACGGGGAAGCAUUAUUAUACUUUGAGAAAGCUCUCCGAAUUCACCAGCAAUCGUUAACGAAAAGUCAUCCUGAUCUAGGUCAAACUUAUAAUAAUAUCGGUUUGGUGUAUUGUAAGAUGAAUGACUUUUUACAAGCAUCUGUGUUCUACAAAAGAGCUCUUGAAAUCUAUAAGAAAUCACUUCCAUUAAAUCAUCCAUACCUAGCUCAAUUGUAUGAAAACAUUGGUAGAAUGCAUAAGUACGUGAAUGAUCAAGAAACAGCACUUAAAUAUUUUGACAAAGUGGUGACUAUUCGACGCAAAGUUCUCCCACCGAAUCAUCCUGAUUUAGCUCGUUCCUUGACCAAUAUUGGCAACUUCUACUGGGUUCGUAAAAAUAAUAUAUUUCAUCGUCUUGGUAUACCUGGUCCAGCUCGCAUUCCUCUUGGAGAAUUUUUUCAUGUCAUUCAAAAGGGUGCAAGAAUCAACGAUGUUGACUUGAUCCGAAAAUAUGGAAAAGUUGUCGGGCGAACUAUUGAAGGUAUAACAGGUCCUUUUGAACAUGGACUUCCGGUAUUAAAAGACGAACAAUGGAAAAAUGCUCGAUCGAUUGUAUCACCGACAUUCUCGUCAGCAAAACUGAAAGCAAUGUAUACUCUUAUGAAUGAAACGAGUGAUACGUAUCGUGAUCGACUUUUGGAAUAUGCUGAUAAAAAAGAAAUAUUCAAUAUCAAUACACUCACUGAAAAAUAUACACUUGACACAAUUUCUUCCUGUCUGUUUGGCAUUGAAACAAACUCGCUGAAAAACGAAAAUGCCACUUUGAUUAAGCAUUUGAAAAAAUUCUUUACCAUUGAUUUCACCAAUAUAUUUCUUUAUAUGCUUGUAAUAUCACCUCGAUUGGCUAGAUAUCUGGCUAAAAAAGGCUAUUCAAUUUUCCCAAGUGACACCAUUAACUAUGUAUCGAAUAUUGUAAAUCAUGUAAUAAGUCAACGUCGACAACAUUUGGAAAGACGAAAUGAUUUUAUUCAAAUGAUGAUUGAUCACGAAGAAGCGGUGAAAGUCGAGGAAGCCAUGACUGAACAAACAAAAGCAAAGGACCCACAACAACAAUGGGGAACACUUAAAAAAAGUUUGAAUGACAAAGAAAUAUUUGCUCAAGGGCUUGUGUUUUUGGCUGCCGGUUUUGAAACGACAAGUGUAUUAUUAUCAUUCUUUUUUUAUGUCAUGGCAACAGAGCCAAUUGUACAAGAAAAAGUUUAUGAAGAAAUUCAACAAGAACUCGGAGAUGAUGAAAUUUCCUAUGAAAAAGUGAAUCAACUUCAAUAUUUAGAUAUGGUUAUUAAUGAGACACUUCGAAUGUAUCCGCCGUUUAUAAAAUUAGAUCGUGUCGCGUCGCAAGAUUAUCAACUUGGUGAUUAUCAUAUGCCAAAAGGUUCAUUUGUGACUGUGCCUAUUUAUCCAAUUCAUCAUGAUCCUGAAUAUUGGCCUGAACCAGAAAAUUUUAUAGCUGAGCGAUUUUCACCAGCUGAGAAAGCGAAACGACAUCCUAUGACAUUUCUGCCUUUUGAUGAUGGACCUCGCAAUUGUAUUGGAAUGCGAUUUGCUUUGUUAGAGGCAAAAAUUGCCAUUGCUAAAGCACUUCGCGUUGUAGAAUUUGAAAAAUGCGAAAAAACGGAAGUUCCGCCGUGA